AUGGAUUCUCAUGGGGAAUGCUAUUGGCACGUAAAGCAGAAUAUAAAACAUCGUUUCAAAAGCGCUGCUUUAACUAAAUUGUACAAGAAAGCUGCAAUUGCAUACCGUAUCGAAGAGUUUAACAAACAUUUUGACCAUAUUUGCAAAAUAUAUCCACGUGUUGUUAAGUAUCUUGAGAAUGAUGUCAAGUUCAAAAAGUUGUCGAGAGCACAUUUUGGUGGUAAUUGGUUUGAAGUUAUGACCAGUAACAUAGUUGAGACUGUGAAUAAUUUGAUGCGAAAGGCAAGAGAGUAUCCAAUUAUUGCUAUGAUCGAUUUUAUCAUAAGCACCAUGGGACAGUGGUUCCUUACUCGUCGUCGAGAAGCAUAUGAUGUGACAACUCCAUUGACACCGAAGAGAGAGGAAACCUUAAGAAAAAUAUGGGAUGAAGUUGGUUCAUUGAUAACACUCCAAUUAAAUGAGAAUGAGUACAAUGUAAUGUGCAGAGAAUUCGAUGCAAUAGUGAAUCUAAGGUCAAAAAGCUGUACGUGCAAAAAUUUUGAUAUUGAGAAGCUUCCAUGUGUUCAUGCCAUAGCAGCAGCAGGAAAGUCCCAACCUCAAAAUACUGGGGAACUUAUAUAUUCAAUGUGUUCAAAAUUCUAUGCUUCAGAAUAUUGGUUGUUAGCAUAUGCUGAAACUAUAUAUCAUGUUCCUCCAAACUCACAGUGGACCAACAUUCCUGAAGAUGUUACUGCAAUACAAGUGAUAGGCACCACCUGA